CCUUGGUGAACUUCUUUUUUUUUUUCAAAGCAGAAAAUGGCAUCCGAAACAGGGCCCCGUGUGGCCCAGACUGGACAUGCAACCCUCGCUCCCCCGGCAAACAAUGACUUAUCCAUGCGAAGACCUAUGGAGAGAACACCCAGCAUGGCUAUUAAGGCUGAGAAAGAGGAUUUGAAGGAGGCAGCGGAAGACAGCUUCAAUGUUAUUCUGGAUCUGAAUUUGGACGGCAAUGUGCGAUGGGUCAGUCCCUCAUGGGAAGAUGUUAUCGGGUAAGUUCAAAAUUGCAGCCAUCGGGGGUGUUUAUGAUGUCCAAUUGCUAACACGGGGCUCAGGACCACCCGUGAAUCGGUUCAAGACAGGCCCAUUGCCGAUAUCCUUCUAGGCGACAGAGAUGUGUUCAGGAAUGCCGUUGAAACUAUGCAAAAUGAUGACUCUAGGAGCUUUAAGGUUCGCUUUUCGGUGCUUGUGGGACCCAAGUCCAAAUUGGCUAGAGAUCCCGCUGCGGUUGUAGCUUUGGCAUCCGAGGAAGAGGCAUUCCCAAUGGACGGGGUAAGGGAGGAAGAGGAUAUAUUGACCUUGGAGGGUCAAGGUAUUUUGAUCUACGACAAAACAUCUGGUGAAGCUAGUCAUGUGAGUACCCCACAACAGAAUCUGGAUGUUUGAGCCCUAUCAUUGACUCCCUUUAGACAAUGUGGGUGAUUAGACCCUUUGUAGAACCUAACGAAAUCACUAUCGACCUCCCCCCAGUUCUUGUCGAGUCGCUUGGUGUUGGAGCUGGGAUGCUGGCUCGUUACCUGACUAGUUUGGCAGAACAGGGCGCCGUAGACCCAGCCAAUAAUCCUCCGCCAAUGCCCGUGCUUUGCAGGAUUUGUGAGCGACAAAUCCAGCCUUGGUGGUUUGAGAAACACUCGGAGCUUUGCAUGUUGGAACACAAGGCAGAGAGCGAUGUUCAAUUAUGUCAGGAGAACUUGGGCAUGCACAGGCACGCAAUCGUCAAGAUUCUCGACGCAAUGGAGCGGCGUUCUUCUCGACCAGUCUCCGGUGAGAUUAGCGUUGCGCCUUCGCCAAUAGAAUACCGGGGGCUGCCGAUAGGCCCUUCGCCGUCAACCCCAUCCUCUGGUACCGCUUCUCCGGGAACACCGCCUUCGAGGCCUCGCGACUCCUCCGCUGGGGGAUUGGGACGUUCUCGCUCAUUCCCCGCACGUCGGCCGUUGGUACGGAUUGUGGAGUUACUGCUCGAUUUGUGUGAUACCGCAAUAGAGAUCAGUACGCCGGCUAUCAAGGAGUCCUAUGGGGCCGUUGAAUUAGGAACAUUCCGUACCCAAUCCCCGCAAUCAGAAGCACGUAUCAAUCAGGUCCUUCAGUGGUCAUCGCCCACCACGAAUACUUUAGAUGAGGAGAAGGGAUUAGCUUUACUAUGCCAGGAUUCGGAGGCCGUUGCUAAGGCAAAGGUAGAAGCGGUAUUCCGUCACCGGAACACGAUCGAAUACUCUGAACGUAUACGGCUGGAAUUUAGUAUGCUUGUUCAAGAUUGUAUCGACGAGGCAUUACGAAAGGCUUCUGAACUGACAAGUGAUGUUCCGGAUGAGGAGUAUAGCGACGGUUCAGACAUUGAAGAUGAUACCCCCUUUUUUGCAGCCUCGUUCGGACCAGCCUUACAAAGAAGUAAUAGCUCCCUUGGCCCCCCACGGGGGCGUCUGAGAAGGCAUUCUUCACCUGCGGAGUCGGGUUCUACGAGCCCAAUGGAAUGUUCCACGCCCAAGUCCCAGCAAAGCCUGAAGAGGGUGAAUAGUAGGCGGCAGAAAGCAGGCCAUCGCACUAGCGUGCAUUAUGAGAACGAGGGAGCAGACAGUGACACAAGUGGCAGAUCAUCGCUCGCCGCUGCCAUGGGGCAUCCGCAGACAGAGAGCCCUGUCUCUGACCACGAACUGACAGCGAGCAGGGUUUACGCUGCCAGAGACAAGAGAAGGCAAAAUUAUCCCUCUAUGACAGGUGGUAACUCCCCACGGCGUCAGGCGUCGCCUGCUAGGAUUGCACCUUCAUCAUCUCCACUUAGGAUCCAAAAGCCUCGAUCUAUCUUGUAUGACUGUAUGCCCACACCAAUAACCUCCCCCCUGCUUUCUACUGGCGAUUUUUCUCCUGCUCUUGACGCCUUCCAUCAUCAUCAUCAUAAGCGGCAGUCCUCGGUGACCUCAUCAGAUCAGUUUGGCAAGCCACCCGUUUCCCCGCGGCUCUCCGGUGUGAACCCCACACAGCAAAAUCGCGCCGUGCCUCCUUCUAUCAAGGAUUUCGAGAUCAUCAAACCUAUCAGCAAGGGUGCUUUCGGUAGUGUCUACCUGUCUAAGAAGAAGUCCACGGGUGAUUAUUUUGCAAUCAAAGUGUUGAAAAAGGCAGACAUGAUUGCGAAGAAUCAGGUCACAAAUGUCAGGGCAGAAAGAGCUAUUAUGAUGGUACAGGGGGAAAGCGACUUUGUCGCCAAGUUAUUCUGGACAUUUGCGAGCAAAGAUUAUCUUUAUCUGGUGAUGGAAUAUUUGAAUGGAGGUGAUUGCGCUGCGCUUGUCAAGGCGUUAUCUGGCCUUCCCGAAGAUUGGGCUCAAAGAUAUCUUGCCGAAGUAGUUCUCGGCGUGGAGCAUCUUCACAGUCGAGGAAUAGUUCACCGCGACUUGAAGCCUGACAAUCUUUUGAUUGAUCAAAAAGGACACCUCAAGCUCACCGAUUUCGGGUUAUCCCGGAUGGGGCUAUUGGGAAGACAAAAGCGGGCCCAGACUCAGUCCUCUGAGAGCACCCCGGAUCUCUUGAAACAAGGGCCUUUCGCCAGGUCGAGGUCAGUGGCAUCCUCGAGGUCCACCUCUUUUGACUUCCCUCCCAAUGGCUCGCCCUCUUCUACCCCUCUUAUAACACCGGAUGCCAAUGCCCAAUUGGUUACUCCAUCAUAUUUCAAUCUCAGUCGCGAGAAUACUCUUAGCCGGGAAAACUCUCUGAGAAGAUCAUCCAACCCGAGAAGUGACACCAGUGGGAGCGAUCAUCUGAUCUCCAUGCUGGGCAGCUUCAGCCUCAAUGAUCCCCAUAUGCACAGCACCCUCUUCAACAAUCGGAGAACCCCUACAGGAGACGAAGAUGUUCAGAGUGAGAGCAGUACCUCUAGCGACUUCAGCAAUGGCCUAUGCCUCCAACAUAUGACUUCAUAUCCCAGCCAGGCCCAGAGCCAGAUCCAACAUCCUCCCCAACCAAUGAUGCCACCCCAGCUAGCCCUCUUUGAUCCCGAGGAUAAUAACCGAAAGUUUGUUGGUACUCCUGAUUAUUUGGCCCCGGAAACUAUCAAGGGUAGUGGACAGGAUGAGAUGAGUGAUUGGUGGUCUCUUGGUUGCAUUUUGUUUGAAUUUUUGUACGGAUAUCCACCUUUUCAUGCGGAUACUCAUGACAAGGUGUUCGAGAACAUAUUGGGCCGGAGGAUUGACUGGCCAGACCCAGAGGACGACGAAGUCUCAAACGAGGCAAAGCACCUGAUGAAUCGGCUCAUGUGUACUGACCCUAACCAGAGGCUGGGCGCGAAUGGCGCGGAGGAGGUUAAAAAGCAUCCAUGGUUCGCAAAUCUCAAUUGGGAGACUUUACUUGAAGAGCAGCCAUCAUUCGUGCCGACGCCCCAAGAUCCCGAAGAUACGGAAUACUUUGAUUCUAGAGGCGCAACCUUGCAGUCGUUUGUGGAGGAAUUUGAAGACCAGUCCACCUCGCCUCACGUUUUAACACCCGGCGCAGAUUUACCGGAACGCCCACAUGAUGCGGUGUCUCGCACGAGAAGAGAGGUCAAUUCUAACAAGCGGGGGCUCAUACCUCUUUCCAUUCCUCCCCAUGUCCGUGAAGGAAGGAAUAGGCGACUCAGUGAACCCAAUGCUCAAGAUGAUUUUGGCAACUUUGCGUUCAAAAAUCUGCCCGUGCUAGAGAAAGCUAAUAAGGAUGUCAUUCAAAAACUUCGAACAGAGGCGCUCAAGUCCACACCGGCUCUUGCCACAUCAAACCCCUCAUCGCCUUCGGCAGAGGGUAGUCCUAUCUUCUCCUCCAAAUCGCUGUCCAGGACUCUAUCCAAUCCUUCCAAGAGCAGUGGAAAACGCCCGGUUUCUCCAUCAAACUUGAACCACUCCAAUUCUUCCCCUGCUCGGAAUUCUCAACCCUCGUCGCCACUCUUGAUGUCAUUCACAGCGACGGGUCUUAGUGAGAGAAGAAAGGCUUCUAAUGCUAGUGCAUCGUCUAGUGUUUCUCAAAAUUCUGGUAGCCAACCUUCCAUGGGCCAACAACCCGCAAUGGCCCUACAACCGGGUCCUUUUGUUGAUAUUCCGCGUUUGUCCACCGCGGCGAAGUCGACCCAGAACUCCUCUACUGCAUCCUCCCCUGUAAAGACUCAACCAAAAGUGCCAGCCCCGAUAUCUACAUCUACGUCUCCUACGAAAUCCUCCCAUGAAAAGUUGCCACUAGGGAACACCGGAUCGCAACCUUCUCCAUCGAAAAACCCUCUUCACCGACGAAGUGCUAACCCUCGUGUAAGGUCACUCACUAUCGGAUCUACAGACAGCGAGCCAGGGUAUUUGGAGGGCUUUAGGCACCAGAAACGCAGGAGCCAAGUUUUCGACCUGUCACCCUCGUCUUCCGAUAACGAAGAUGUUAAAAGUAGUGCUCUUUUGCGGGUGCAGCGGCGACGGCAAAGUUCUAGGAGGAUGUCUAACAUCAGUUUGACUGAAGGUGGUCCAGUGUUCCGGCCAUUGGAUGUCUUGGGUAUGUAUUCACACUCUGGCUCAUCUCAAAUCUCGCUAAUUCCAAUAGUGUGUGAGGAUCAUCCAGUGUCCAAAUUGGUCAUGGAGAGGCUAUUGGAAAAAUUGAAAUGUAGAACCAUCUGUGUUGACAACGGUGCAGAAGCUAUGCGCUAUGCCAUGGGCGAAGUAAAAUGUUGCAUUUCCCAGCUUUCUAAGAGACUUUUUCUGACAAAUCCAUAGUUGAUAUUAUUCUUAUGGAAUUCAAACUUCCUCAGACCAAUGGCGAAGACGUGGCAAGGAUGAUUCGCUCAAGCAAGAAUCCGAAUUCGAACACGCCAAUUGUUGCAGUAACAGGAUACCUUAGAGACCUCAGUGACCCUCACCACUUCACCGAGCUAAUAGAGAAACCUGCAACACCAGUAAAGCUAACGGACGUAUUGGAGAGGAACUGCAAUUGGAAGCCACCUAAUACAGAGCGACCAACGCUCGCUGAUAGGAAAGAAUCCCUCAGCAUCAAAAAGCCAUCCGGAUCCGGGGGGGAAUCCGGGCGGGUGUCCCCGAGCGUUGAGAAAUUUAUGUCCAGUCAGAGAGCGGGGCCCCGCCUUUCUGAGCAAUUCUCUUCCAUGGAUGAAGAUGAAACUACGUCUAUGGCAAGCGGUACCGAACCCAUUAUGAUCUCACGUUCCACUACGAAUGAGUGGGAGAAGUUGUAUAUCGGGAAGAACUCUACCCCAAGGUCCAGUACAUCGCCCUCUACCACAUCCUCAAAUGCUCCACAGGCAGCGGGCUCCGCGCACCACGAAACUGCACCGCCUAGGCUACACUCAAGCUCCAUUGAACGAAUACCCUCUCCAUUGUCGACGCACACGAGCACUGGGAUGUUGGAUAAUAUCCCUCCAGCGCUUCCAUCGCCGCCAGAAAUGACUCCGCUCCCUCCAUCAAUUGCUUCUACGCCAAUAUUCUCUACUCCCGUUGCUGAUCGCUCCAGGUCUCCGUUAUCGAUUGCCUCUGUGUCCAUGCAGUCCAAAACACCUCCGCCCCCUAUGGAAAGACUAAAAAGUAUGCUACCCAAGAGGUCUUCCCCUCCUCGCAGAACCCAUAGCCCCCCCGAGGAGUUGACCAAGGAAUCGCCGCCCAAAAAUUUCUCACGGAUUAACCCACCUUCUCCUACAAAGACUAAGGAACCAUUUGGCCUAUCGAUGAUGAAUAGUUCUCCUUCCUCUCCGGAGUCCAAGACCAAGACUAAGAGAACAUCGUGGGAGAAAAGGAAGGAGAAGCAAGAGAAACAGCAGAACCAACACCUCAGGCCCGAGGAUGCGGAUGCGGAUGAUGAGCUUUCCGUAGCUGGCGGAAAGAGACCGAGUAAGAGCAAGAGUAUAUCAGAAAUUAUUAGUCGGGUCAGAAGGGUGGCAGCUCCUGAGAUGAAGAGGAGCAAAAGCGACAGAGGGGAGAGCCCUGAAGGGAAUAGUGAGCUCGGAGGGGCUCUUGGAGAUCCUACAAAGAUGGAACUUUGACCCUUGCUCCCAUUUUCCCUUAUCUCGCCAAUUUUUUUCUUACCGCUCAUGAAGGGUCAUUUCUAGGAUCGAGUUUGGUUUUGUUUUACUUCCCUUUGUUCCAGGUCAGACGGUAUGGAAUGGCGUUGUGAAUGAUCGGCGUUUUUUCCCCUUCGAUAGUAUCUUUUACCUUUUACCUGUCUACGGUUCUAGAGGCAGGGUGUUGGUCUUUGUUUUCUUCUUCCUCGUUCAGCCAAUUUCCUUUUCUUCGGGUAAGGCUGUCUAAAUAUCGUUUUCUGCAAUACGGUUUCCAUCAAGUUUUCACCUUCAGGCGUAUAGUCACAGCAUUGCAUACGGGGUGUGGGAAGGGGUUGAUAUUUUCCAGAUCCUUUUCGCAUGGAAGUAUUCAGUUCUAUUACUAUUCCCUUUCUCCGAGAGUCCUCUUAUAUUUCUCUUCUUUCUUCCCUUUCUUAUCUUUAUUCUUAACACUCCUUUUUUCUUUCUCUCAUCCCUACUUUAUUCGUCGACACGGACAAGAGUCAAAUCGAACGAAGAAAUGGGAAUACCAAAGGAAAGUCCAAAAAAAAUUCGGCAAAAUGGACACCAAAAAGAAAAAGCAAACGGAGGUCAAAAGUCUUUUUUCAUUACGGAGGCCAGAAAGGAAUCGAUGACGGGCGAACCAACGCGGAGGGUAGUAAUAAUCCGAACGAUUGUACAACACAUAUAUAAUAAGUUCCUCGAGAGAAAAAAAAAAAAAGAAACACCCAAAGCAGAGUGCUCAUUAUCAUGGUAUUCGUGAAGUGAAAUCUAAAACGCCGGUGAAGGAAGAAAGUGUGAUAGUGAACAAAAAAUCCCCCACUCCCCUCCUUCAGAGGCCGUAUUAUCGAAGGCACCCUUUCCCUCGACGUUCCCGCUGUCAUUCUAUUUUCAUCCAUCCACCUAGUCGCCCUCCCCCCCCUCUCUCUCUCGGGGCCAUAGAGUAUCAGGUAGCAAAGCCUACUGCUUCGGCUUGAUAUAAGCCACCAAAUUCCUCUCAAAAGCCUCACACCGAAUCGGCAUCUCAAUCUGGUAAAAGGGAUUCUUCAUAACGUAGUCGGCAUACAACUCGUAAACCCUCCUAACCACAACAUCAACGUUCGGCUGAUUCGGUUCGGCGAAAAUCAAGAACUUUGUCCCUAAAAUGAAUCAAAAAAAACACACACAAUCCCCACACCCUCCACCACCGCAAGAGGUCCCAUCCAUCGAUCCAUCCAAAUUAGCCCCCCCCCCCCCCCCCAACUUCUCCUCAGUUUGGAAGGAAGGAAGUAACAACCAACAUACCAGUAAGAGUCUGAAAACACUGCAUCCUAAACUUAUCGCUCUCCAGAACCUCCAAACCCCCGCCACCCCCACCGCCAAGGUCGCGAAGGGGCGAGAUGCGCGACGUUAUCGCGUGCACGCCGUGGAAGGUGCCGGCCAGGACGAGGUAAUCGUUCGACGACAGCUUCUUGAGGCCCUCGUUGAAGUCGCGUUGGAAGAUUAGGCCUCCGGCUUUGUUUAGGAUUAAGAGGGAGAGGAUGACCAUUUUUAUUUUUCUUUCCCCCUUAAUUAAGUGAGUUUGUUUUGGUUUUUUGGGUAGGUGGUCGUGUUCGGUUUCUUGGGUUGGUUGGUUGGAUUGAUUGGAUUGAUUGAUGGGUUGUCGUUGGUGGAAGGGUUUGAGGAGAGGAAAAUGGUAUGUAUGAUACUCGUAGUCUACUCGAGUACGGUAGUGUGUGAUAAUCUAAGUCUUUGGUGUGUUAUCAUGAUAAUGGUAUUGUUAUGAUAAGCUGGUCACUUAUGAUACUUGGCGCUUUUUUCUCUUUUGCAUUUUGUAAAAUGUGUUCGGACAAGAAGGUAUACAAGUCUUUAUGCCAAUCGUCCGAAUACAUUUUUUUCUAGAACACCUAUAUCUUAUCAUUGCCAAGUGACUUAUCCGUACCUCUUACUGUAACUUACCUUACCCUCCCAAUACC